GUCUGGGAUUUAGGAGCGGAAAUCUGACAGAACGGGGUUUCUGACUGAACAAUAUCCACCGGGUGUCAGCUUAUUAUGGGGCCUCAUCUUUGGUAAGUGAGGAAUUUCGUCGUCGCCAUUAUGGAUUUAAGCAAUGCCUUCCCUUCACCCUCCCCUUCCCUUUCUAUAACCCAAAAGGCAAAGGGCGACAAAACCUACGGCUGAAUAGCAUCAUGGUUGCCUCACACGAGACCCACGAGACCACCCUAGCGUCGUCCCCCUGUUUGGACGAUGAUACCAAGGAAAAGCGGGGCUUGGGCGCCUAUAUCUACAAUUCCUGGGUGCUGAAUAUCUAUGAUAUCUGGGUCCUCGGCAUUAGCAACAGCUAUGCCUGGCGCUGUCCAACCUCGAGCAUCCUGCUCCCCUUUUUCAAGGCCAACUUCUCGUCAAAUCACCUAGAUGUCGGCGUGGGAACGGGAUAUUUCCUUGCGGAGGCCGUUUUGGACCAGGCUGCCACCCCAAGUGCAGACAGAUACGACACUCAACAGAUCACACUUGUUGAUCUGAACUCAAACUGCUUAUCUACUGCGGCAGCACGCAUUAAAGCUGCGCAGCCCACACUCGCACCGGCCCGAACUGUUGCGGCUGAUGCAUUCGAGACCCUGCCCCUGAAGUCGAGCAAUGGAAGCAUAGGAGAUGAUGCAACGGGAAAAGAGAAGUUCGACUCGAUCUCUCUGUUUUACUUGCUGCACUGUGUUCCGGGACCUUGUUCUUCCAAAGCCCGUAUCUUUGAGAAUCUGAAAACGUACCUUACUGCGGAUGGCACCCUGUAUGGUGCAACUAUCCUAGGCCAGGGUGGGGAUGUUCACUUCAACUGGUUCGCGAGUGCUCUGAUGGGUUUGUAUAAUAAGAAAGGGAUUUUUGGAAAUUCGGGGGAUACGGAGAAACUGUUCGUCGAGGCGUUGGAGAGGAGCUUUGAAAAGGUGGAAUCAAGGGUUGAGGGUUGUGUUUUGCUUUUCAAGGCUUCGAAGCCAAUAAUAUGAGACCACAGGAAUGCAGGAAAGUUCGAGUAUAUAUCUAUAAUAUAGUGUAACGUCCCUCCCUACAUUGCGAUGAACCCACCUAACCAAGAAAAUUGAGAG